GUUGGGCGCCAUUUUGAUAGAAGUGUGGACAGAAAGGCGCUACGGGCAAUACUUUGUUAGACGUUUUCCUAGUUUACGCAAAUUUCUACCUGAGCUGACUGACGUUUGAAAAAGACGAGGCCAUUUUAGUACAUAGAAAAUGGCCACGGGAGCAAAUGCAACUCCUUUAGGGAAGUUGCAUCCCAGUAUUGGUGCAAAACGAGGAUUUGAUGCCGGGCCUGGCGCGGGGAACGGAUUGAUGCCCACACCGGGGCCGCCUGGAUCCUUUCCUGCUCUACAAGCUUUCCAGCCUUCGAUGCAAAACCCGGCUUUUCCUUCGUCACAUCAGUUCAAUCCCGGGUCAGGUUUUUCGGCACAGGGUCAACAGCCAGCUGCGGGGGCCGGGCUCGCCAAACCUGAUUUCAGUCAGAAGAAGCAAAGGAAGAAGAGUCGUUGGAGCAGCGAGACGCCUGACCAGAAGACGGUCAUACCAGGCAUGCCCACUGUCAUUCCCCCUGGCCUGACCCGAGACCAAGAAAGAGCAUAUAUAGUCCAACUGCAGAUUGAAGACCUGACUCGUAAACUGCGUACAGGAGACCUGGGAAUCCCUGUUAACCCUGAGGACAGGUCUCCCUCUCCAGAGCCUAUCUACAACAGCGAGGGCAAGAGGUUAAACACCCGCGAGUAUCGCACACGAAAGAAGAUUGAGGAGGAGCGUCACUCCCUUAUCACUGAAAUGGUUGGAUUGAAUCCUGACUUCAAGCCUCCCGCAGAUUAUAAGCCUCCAGCCACCAGAGUCAACGACAAAGUUAUGAUCCCCCAAGACGAAUACCCUGAAAUCAACUUUGUUGGCCUGUUAAUUGGGCCACGCGGUAAUACCCUGAAGAACAUUGAAAAGGAGUGCUGUGCCAAGAUCAUGAUCCGAGGGAAAGGUUCUGUCAAGGAGGGGAAGGUGGGCCGAAAAGAUGGGCAGAUGUUGCCAGGAGAAGAUGAACCUCUGCAUGCCCUGGUCACUGCCAACACAAUGGAGAAUGUCAAGAAAGCUGUGGAGCAGAUUCGUACCAUCCUGAAGCAAGGCAUUGAGACACCUGAGGACCAGAAUGACCUAAGAAAGAUGCAGCUGAGGGAGCUGGCCAGACUGAAUGGCACACUGCGGGAAGAUGAUAACAGGAUUCUUCGUCCUUGGCAGAACUCUGAGCCGCGCAGUAUCACCAACACCACACUCUGUACCAAAUGUGGUGGUGCAGGCCACAUCUCCUCUGACUGCAAGUACACCAGCACAUUUGCUGCCCACAGGGCAACAGGUGGCGAGCCCCCUCAGUCAGCCCAGGACAAGGCUCGUAUGGACAAGGAGUAUCUAUCCCUCAUGGCUGAGCUGGGGGAGGCUCCAGUCCCUACAUCUGGCGGAGGACACUCCAGUACCCAGGGAGGAGCACCCCGGGCCUCUGGCCCCAACAAUAACCAACCACCACCGAACCGGCCUCCCUGGAUGAGCUCAGGUCCGAACGAGAACAGGAACUUCCAUGGCAUGCAUGGAGGGCCUGGUGGCCAUGGGGGACCCCAUAACUUCCCUCCCCCCAUGCCCAACAUGGGAGCUCCACCUAUGCCCCCCAACCCUAAUGGUCUGCCUCCGCCUUGGAUGCAGCCCCCACCUCCUCCCAUGGGCCAAGGACCUGGACCUCAUGGACACCCAAUGGGUCUGCUACCACCUCCGAUGGGUAUGAUGCCGCCACCACCUCCUCCCCCCAGCAACCAGCCACCUCCUCCUCCUUCUGGUCCCUUGCCACCAUGGCAACAGCAGGCUCCACCUCCACCCCCUACUAGCAGUAUGGCAACUAGCACACCGCUGCCUUGGCAACAGAAUACCACCACCACGUCCAGCCCUGGCACAGGCACCCUACCUCCAUGGCAGCAGCCCCAGCAGUCCGCAGCAUCUGGAGCUCAGCCCCCGCCACCCAUGGGUACCCCGUCCAUGGUGCCACCUCCCCCAGGAGUUCAGCCCCCAUUGCCCCCAGGCGCUCCACCUCCUCCUCCACCACCGCCUCCAGGCUCAACCGGCAUGAUGUAUGCUCCACCGCCGCCCCCACCACCCAUGGACCCUUCUAACUUUGUCACCAUGAUGGGGAUGGGGGUACCAGGCAUGCCCCCCUUUGGCAUGCCUCCCGCACCCCCUCCUCCUCCACCCCAGAAUUAAGACCACCACAAAAAAAUCGUCCUCACACAAAAGUUUCUACCCUGCAGCACACUGUGCACCACAUACCCCAUAGACGGAUAUUAUGUACAAGAGCAUUGUGUGCCCACAGAAAAAAAUCAUAACCAGUGCUUUAUUUUUUAUUGAUCCUUGAUAUUGUGAAGACAUCUCUGACUUAAUGAAAGGUUGUUAGUUCAGCAAGUUCUGUAACCUAAUUAGUUGUUUUCCCUGUGUUUAAAAGUUUGUAUUAUCUUAAAGCUCCUUGCGUGCAUACAAACAUGUUGCUCUUGGGCAUGUGUUCAGUUAGAGCUACCAUAGUUUCUGUCAUGUUACUUGUAUACCAAAUACACCGCUCAAUCAGCCAGCCCUGAGUUUAGUAUUGUGCUCAACAGUAUCAUCAUUCGAACUUGAACGCUUAACUUUCUUUGGAUUUAAUAUAUUGAAGUUCAGCUUGCAUGAUCCAUUUAAUAAAACACAUUUUUCUGUUUAAAGUGACAAAUUUAUAUUCCUGUCUCAUUUCCUGUCUUGGCUUUGAGUUGAAUAAGAUUAAUAUUUUUGUAAUAACAAGAUGUGAAGUGUAUGUUAGUCCUGUAAAACCUUUGUAGUACUGUCUGAGAUUGUUUUCCAGAAUUAUUUUUUUCUUACUGGCCUGCAUACGAGUUGUGACAUUGAGUUUGAAAAGGGUAAACGGUGCUGCGUCCUGCUAGCUUCUGACCACCUGCACUACUUGACUGAUGAAAAUAUCAUUUUCUGCAUCUCUCUGCUAUAAGACACUGUGUGCAGUGUUUGUGUUGCUUUUGCAAGGACAGAAAUAACCAUUUUGUCCCUCAAGUUAUUAGCAAAAAAAAAAAAAAUGUUAGUUUCACUUUGUUUCUGGAGUCAGUCUGUGUUAUGGUGCAAGCCUGAAUGAAUAGCUGUUGAAAUUUUGCUUCAUUUAGUAUUAAACUGAUCUGCUUCA